CCCCCGGCCGGCCACAGGAGCACUGCGAGCGCGGCUGGUCUGCCCACGACUCCUAAACCACCCACGUGUCCAGAGAGGGCCUUUCCUUCUUUGUUGGAGGGAGGCCCGUUGAACUUCGUCCCCACGAUGUGGUGCCAGCAGUGUCACCUGGAGCUCUCGCUGCUACCCGGCCGCCUGGCUGCGGUGGUGCCCUGGGCCAGCCCCCAUCCCAUAGCACCCGCUGCCUGCCUCUCACCUGCUGCUGGACUCUUCCCUGCGGCAGCAGAGGCAGGGGACUGCUGGGGACCUCUUGGCGCCCACGCUUACUCCCUGUCCCACCUUGCUGGGCCCUGGGAGCUGGAGGCCGCACGAGGGCAGGGGAGGCUGCUGCUACUGUCCUGGCCGCUGGUUUCCUGGUGGCCGCCCAGAGACACCCCGAGGGAUAAGGAGAUGCGGAGCUGGUGUCCUGGGGGGCAAACGCUAGUCAACGGCAGAUGGCAGCCAGCGGGGGAUUCUCCCUUUCCUCCCGCGUGGACUGUCUCGUGCUGCUGUGCAGAGUGUCUUCAGCCUCUCCAAGGACAUCCCGUGAGACUGAAAAGUCAGCGGUGUGUGCGACUGGCUCAGCAAUGCCCUGUGUUUGUCAGAGAGCUGAUUCAUCAGCACCUCACUGGCUCCUGGCACCAUGAGAAUUCCCCUUCUUCUGCCCUUGAAGUUCACUUCACCCAGCUGCGAGCCCCACCGGGUUACAAGCAGGUUUUGUUGAUGGUUGUGGUUUGGUCCUACUCACAACUAUUCUGGGGUUCCUGGGGAAAUGUUACCACCUAAUUUUAUUAAAAAUAAUUGUCUAAGAGUUGUUUUCAUGUUGUCAUCCUAUUACAAUGGGUAUUUGGAAAGAUUUAUAAUGGUCUUGCCCAGACUGAUAGCCUGCAGAAAUAUUUCCUCAUGUUAUUGGUAACAACAAUGUUUUCAUCUUUAUAAAACAGUAACAACGUUUUCAUGCUUUUUAUAGUAGCACCUUAUGGUUUACAUAGUUUUCACUUCAUCCCCUUAUGAGAUGGAGUAGAUGUAAUUUCGUUUUGUG